AUGGCUAAACAGAAGAAGGUGCCGGAACCGGCUCUAGUCAGGUCCAAAAAUAAACAGACUGAUAAAAGAUCACAGAAACAAGAACAAGAUCUACAGGAAGAGCAAGACGAGAUGAGUGAAGACAUAGUAAAGGAUGAACAUGUACGAAAUACCGAUAAGGUCAAAGAAGCAGACAACGUAGAUCAGGAUGACGAUGAAGAUGAUUACGAUGAAGAAGAGGAUGAAGAUUACGAUCCUGAAGCAGUAGUUGAGACUAAUAAAGAAGACGAAGAGGACGAUGAAAAAGCAGAGAAGGAUGAAAAAGUGCCUGAUUUCUCAGCAAUAGAAUCUGCUACUAUAAGUCAAGUUAGGACGAGGAAUCAACGACUACAGGAGCGACAGGUAGUGCAGUCAAGGUAUAUUGGCAGCUUUGAAACCGAUUCUCUGGGUCUAGUACCAGCGCCCAGAUUAACCGUAGAUGUAGAUUCCAUUUUCAAUGAGAUGAAGGAAAACACGCUAAAUGAUAGUAGACCAGACUGGAAAGAAUCGAUAACAGGAGACGAAGGCAGCAACAAAAGUUCAAGUGACACAGGUAAAAAUAAAGAUGGUACUCUCGGACCGAGGAAGAUCAAGAUCCAGACCUCAUAUGCCUUUGCUGGAAAACUCAUUACUGAAACAAAGGAGGUCGACGAAGACUCGGCUGAAGCCAAGGCCUUCCUCAACUCGACUUCUGUAGUUGCGGCUCAGGAUUCAGAUGAAAAUGCUGUGAGGUCGUUUGUUCCUGUGAUUCGUAAAAUUCCAUCAACAGGAGAAGAAGUAGAGUUGCGCAUCAAAUUGAAAAGACCUUCCUUGAUAGACAAGUUCAUGUCUGCCCACGGAAGCAAGAAGCUGAAGUUGUCUACACUUGAGAAGUCGAGAUUGGACUGGGCAAGUUUUGUUGAUCAGAGAAAGAUCGGCGAUGAAUUGAAGCUACACAACAAAGCAGGUUACCUUGAUAAACAAGAUUUCUUGGGACGAGUCCAGGAAAAGCAGGAUAUCGAGUACCAGAAGGCAAAGGAGGAGGAAAGACUGCGCCAAUGGCUCAAACAACAACAGGGAUAG